GUUCAUAUAAAGUCUUCCAAGUCUUCGUUGCCAUCUUUCUCAACAAUUAAUAAUUUCUUUUUCGUCAUGCCCAACGAAACCGAACCCUCGUUUGUCCUUACAUCAACAUUAUUUCCACCACCUAUACUUAAGAUAAUUGGACAUGGACUUUGCUUUUUUUUUGUUUUCAAGUUUUUGUGAACGUGGAAACUUUUUCCAUUUUACUAUUCAAACCCCUUCUCUCUAUGUAUGUACUGACGUCACUGUUUACCCUGAUCCAGAAGCACUGGGUUCUCAAACAAACUAUUACAAACAUAAAAACAGGGGAAAAACAAUUCACCAACUGCAAAUCUUUCUCCAAACCAACGUCACCAACAUGCCUCAUUCCAACUGCUUAGCAAUUUCCUCAGUUUUCUUCUUCCUCUUCAGUUCCUUCUUCUUUUCAACCAAAGCAACGCCAAUAUACAGUUCCCAUGUCUGCACAAACUCCACCAAAAACCAACCAAACACCACAUUCCAAACCAACCUCAACCUCCUCCUCUCUUCCCUUUCUUCCAAGGCCACUGAAGCCACCCAAUUCUACAAAACAACAAUUGCCACCCAAACCCCCAACCCCGUCAAGGGCCUCUUCCUCUGCCGCGGCGACACCCUCGCCGCCGCCUGCCACGACUGCGUCACCGCUGCAGCAGCGGACCUAAAACGCCGGUGCCCGGUUCAGAAGGAGGCCAUAAUCUGGUACGAUGUGUGCAUGGUACGCUACUCCAACCAAUACCUCAACAACAUCGUACCUGGAGUGGAUAUGUCUGAUUCCAAUAACGUGACUAGCAUUAGCAUUAGCCUUGACCGAUUCAACGAGUUGCUCGCGGGAUUGCUGAAUUCCCUGGCAACGAAAGCUAGGAAUUCUGCGGAUAAGAAAUUUGCGACAGGGGAAGUGAACCUCACGAGUUCGGUGACCCUUUAUGGGUUAGUGCAGUGCACGCCGGAUUUGUCUUUGUUCGAUUGCAGGAUGUGUUUUAGCAGCGCCAUUGCGUCUGUUCCGAAUUGCUGUGAUGGGAAACGAGGGGCAAGAGUGUUGCUUCCUGGAUGCAAUAUCAGAUAUGAAGUGUAUCCAUUUUACAGCAGCAAUAACACAUUGACCCCAACGAUUGUGAAGCCUCGUCCUUCAGGAGGGAGUGGUGUUGAAGUGAUUCUUACAUUUGUUAUCCCUAUUGUUGCUGCGAUGGUGCUUUUCACUUUUGGGAUAUGUACUGUCAUGAGAAAGCAAGCAAAGAGUGUGAUACAAUUGUGGAAGCAAACGAAUUAUUCUGAGGUGUAGAUGAGACUGAUGCUGCAAAGAAUAGCAAAGGUUGGGGACACAUCACUGAAGAUGUGGCUGCAUCAGAUCGUUUAACGGAGGACUUGGCAAUUGGUAGUGUAGAUUAGUGAAGUAUAAGCUGACGGAGUUUUUGCUGUUGCUGCAUCCGCAUCUAUCACCAUGUCCAUCUAUAUGUUUGCUGUUGUUACUUGGACAGCUUGUUUUAUGUAAAUAUAUCAACGGACCAGAAGUGUGGAUACUGUUUCUAUUUUUA